UUUGUUUUUAUCGCUUCUCUGGUUCUAACACAAAAACCCAUCCAAAACCCCAAAACCAUAGAAUCCAAACAAGAAGAAAGGAUGUUGCGGAGCAGCAACAUGUUUCCCAGUUGUUCAUACCCAUCUGCACAAACUCUGAACCCAACCAUUAAUUCUCCUUCUCUCCUCUCUUUCCCUUCAUUUUCAUUCACCACUGUGUGCUCUCGCCACAACAAUUUGCCCCAACCUCAGUUUCAAGCAAAGCAACCCAACAAGAAGAAGAAGAGGCAGAUGCUGCGCUUCUGUGGGACUUAUGAGGUGGGUGGAGGCUACCCAGAUGAGGAAUUGGGUGGGCAAGAGAAGAGCAGAACUACCCAAGAGCAUGGCAACUCAAAAUUGGACACUGCCCAAUAUGAAGCUCUUCUCAAAGGUGGUGACCAAGUCACUUCUGUUCUUGAAGAGAUGAUCACCCUUUUGGAAGAUAUGAACAUGGAUGAGGCAUCUGAAGAGGUGGCAGUGGAAAUAGCUGCACAAGGGGUCCUAGGGAAGAGAGUUGAUGAGAUGGAGUCGGGUUUCAUGAUGGCACUAGAUUACAUGAUCCAACUUGCUGAGAAUGACCAAGAUGAUAAGCGCAAGUCAUUAUUGGAGGUGAUCAAGGAGACAGUAUUAUCCUAUCUUACGAAAAAAUGCCCCCCGCAUGUUCAAGUGGUUGGCCUGCUCUGUAGAACUCCUCAGAAAGAAAGCAGACAGGAAUUACUACGCAGAGUGGCUGCUGGUGGUGGUGUGUUCAAAAGUAAGAAUGACAUAAAAGUUCAUGUUCCAGCUGCAAAUCUUAAUGAUAUUGCUAACCAGGCUGAUGAUAUACUGGAGACAAUGGAAACUCGGCCUGUAGUUCCAGAUCGAAAACUGCUUGCAAGACUUGUUUUAAUCAGAGAGGAAGCUCGGAAUAUGAUGGGAGGUGGAUUACUAGAUGAGAGAAAUGAUCGUGGCUUUAACACUCUUCCAGAAUCCGAGGUGAACUUCUUAACCAAACUUGUAGCUUUGAAACCGGGGAAGACUGUCCAGGAGAUGAUAAAAAAUGUAAUGGAAGGAAAAAAUGAAGGUGCUGAUGAUGCUAGCAGUGAUGAGGAAGAUACCACUGGUAGAGCGAGUGGAAUUGCAGGAAGGGAAAGCGUUACAGGACGAAAAGCUCUUCCUGUGCGCCCUGGCAUGUUUCUUGAGACUGUCUCCAAGGUCUUAGGUGGUAUAUAUGCAGGAAAUCUCUCUGGUAUCACUGCACAACAUCUAGAAUGGGUUCAUCAGAAGACACUUGAAGUUCUUCAGGAGAUAGCAUUUUGAACUUUUUAUGGAAUCAAACACAAGUAUGCCUGAAAUCAUACUUUGUUGAAAGGAAAGUACCCAGAAUCAGAAAAACUUAUGAUGAAGAUUCAAGAGUCCAAUAAACAUACAUUAGUGCAACACCAUGUGUGGUAAGGCCCCACAAAUAUGGAUUUUGAUACUUGCAUCAGUGCACACAUCAGUGGACCUCUUUGGUAAUCAUUCAUAUGCCUUGAGAAGUAGAAGCAAACACAGCAAGGAUUGAUCCACAUUCUCCCCCAUUCUUUAUAAAGCUAUUUCCCAUGCCCUCUUCAUGCCCUUUUUUAUUUUUAUUUUUUUGAAUUUUAUUUGCCUUUUG